AUGUUGGCAAAGGUGAAUGUCAACUUGCCCCUUCUGGACGUGACCAGAAAUGUCCCGGCCUAUGUGAAGUUCUUUAAAGAGUUGGCAUCCAAGAAGAGGAAGUUCGUUGACAACGAGAAGAUUCUUGUGUCCGAAGUCACAAAUUCCAUCAUGCAACAGCCCUUGCCACCCAAGCAACGAGAUCCAGGUAGUUUUGUUAUCAAUAUUACUUUGGGGAAUGGUAAGGAGGCCUCGGGUAUGCUUGAUUUGGGGGCAGGGAUAAAUUUGAUGCCAUACUCUAUUUUUAAACAACUAGAGUUAGGUGAUUUAAAACCCACUCGAAUGUGCUUGCAAUUGGCGGAUAGAUCAGUUAGGUAUCCUCGUGGGGUUUGUGAAGAUAGAAAUGCAACUGUGAAUGAUAUGGGGAAAUGGUGUGACGGGAGAUGGGUUUGGGAGGUAAAGUGGAGACGUGAAUUGAGGGAGAGAGAAGUGGAAUCUGUCAACUCCUUAAUGGAGACGAUUUCUGGUUUUACCCCUUUUGCAGAUGCUAUUGAUGGCCUCGCCGAGAUGGUUUAUGUGCAGGAACAAGAGAUAGUUGAGGUCUUUGCAGGAUCGGCGGACAUGGAGGAGUUCGCUCGGGAAGCCGAGGAAAGAGAGAGAGAACGAAGAGACAAACUCCCCAUUGAUGAGCCUGUGGUGCUUGAAGAUGCCACGAAGUGCAAAAAGCCCAAAUUGGAACUCAAGGAGCUCCCCAAACACCUCAAGUAUGUGUACUUGGAAGAAGGAAAGGAGAAGCCCGUGAUAAUAUCCGCCGAGCUCACUCAUGAGUAA